AUGGCAGAGACGAUCGUGCUCAUCACGGGGGCCAACCGAGGCAUCGGGCGCGGUCUGCUCGAGCUGUACCUCGCCCGCCCCAACCACACAGUCAUCGCCGCGGUCCGCGAUCCCCGCCACGCCACAGCCCAAGAGCUCGCCUCGCUGCCGAGGGGUCAAGGGACGUCGCUGGUUGUUGUCAAGCUCGACCUGACGGUUCCCACCGACCCGGCGGCCGCCGUCGAAGCUCUGGCCACCAAGCACGCCAUUGAUCAUGUCGAUAUCCUCGUGGCCAACGCGGGCAUCGCGCUCAAGUGGGUCAAAGUGUCUGAGGUCACGCCGGACGAUGUCCAGCGGCACGUCGACGUCAACGUUUAUGGAUUCCUGCGGCUCUUCCAGGCUUUCCUGCCCGUGUUGAAGAAGGCGAAGGACCCCAAAUGGGUCACCAUUGGCUCGUCGGCGGCGUUCUUGACGGUACGAUUCCCUGCCACCCUACAGAUCUCGGUGAACUUCAUCCCCAUGAAGAACGCGGCCUAUGCUCCCACCAAGCUGGUUGAUACGACAGACUCGUAA